UCUACUCUGGCACGCUCUUGGAAAUUCGAGACAGCGAAUCCAUACGCUCGGUACUGUGCUGUGGCUAUGUUUUUGAGCACUGCUAUUUCUACAGUGUCUGGAUGCUGUCGAUUGACUGUUGAACUUUACGGCUUCUCGCGCACGGCGCCUCCGCGCGCCUUCAAUGAUCCCCGCCUCAUCCUGCUCGAGCACACCGCCGACGUAGUCAGCCUUCGAGACUUUGGUCCGGUCCGGUCGCUAUACUCCGCGGUGGCCAAUACCCCUCACACUCUUGUUUGCUCUCCCGGACCUGCUGCCAUCCCUGCACACCUUGGAGGUUCGUAAUCUUGGCCACGGGCGCGGAGUUAUCGGGCCACUCCCUCAGAUCUCAUUGGUCCCCUGCAACCUCACUAAGCUUAAAUUUGUGGGGACGGUUUGUUCGACGAGA